AUGGCUUCCAAGGCGGCAUCAACUUCCAUCCCUAGAACUAUGCGAGCCUGGACGCAUCGCCAGGCGGGUUCGCCCUCAAGAGUUCUCUCAAUGACAGAGAAUGUCCCUAUACCCACACUUCCAACAGAUACCUCGGUCCUCGUGCGCGUAUCCUAUGUUGCUACUCAUCCAGGAAUGCUCAUCCUAAUGCAUUUUGUCCCAUCAUGGUUGCGCCGUAUGCCAGCCAUCCCCGAGACAGACUUCUCCGGUGUAAUUGUCAGUUGUGGCAAGAAUGUCCCCGGCUCCUCUACUACUGGAGGUGAAUGUGAGCCUGGAGUACGCGACUUCCGGCCAGGCACAUCAGUCUUUGGCUCUAUGCCAGUGAUGCCUCACCUUCGCAGCGGACAAGGGGCGCUGGCCGAGUACAUUGCCAUCGAAUCGGCGGCUAUUGCACGGAAACCUACCAAUAUAUCAUUCGAAGAAGCUGCAGCCCUAGGCGUUUCGGCACAUACGGCGACGGUCCUAGUUGAGGCGGCAGAAGUGCCCAAGGACGCCAAAAUUCUCAUCAACGCUCCCUGCGGUGGUGUAGGCCAUUUUGCAACCCAGCUCCUCCGUCACCGAAAUCCCACUGCACGAAUCAUAGGAAUCUGCUCUGGUCAUAACCACGAACUUGCAGUACGGCUAGGCUGCGACGACACCAUCGAUCAUACCGCAUUCCCUAACGCCGAGGGCCAAACACUCACCGAUUAUCUUUCGGCCAAAUAUGGGAAUGAGCAAGAACAGUUUGAUAUCAUAUUCGACGCUUACGGGAGUCAAGACCUCUGGACUUCCUCCGCCAAAUAUCUCAAGCCAGGGCGCGAUCAUCCCUAUGUCAACGUCGGCCCAAAACAGGGGGUUUCCAUCUCUGAAGUACCCGGGUUCCUAUGUAAAGUGAUCAAAAACUCGACAUUACCCACAUGGUUAGGCGGAGUACCUAGGCCGUAUAAGCAGAUAUCUGCCUUUACAAACACAGAAGCUCUUGAGAAAUGCAGGGAUUUGGCCCAAAGGGGAGAGUUCAAGACGCAUGUGGGAGAGAAGUUGAAUUUUGAGCAUGCAUUAGGUGCAUAUGAGACGAUGGCGAGCGGCCAUGCACGGGGGAAAGUGGUUGUGAAAAUCUGGGAGCCGGAACGAUCUGAUGGAGCAGCUUAG